AUGACUAUCGUUCUGGGAAUGGAAGGUAGCGCCAAUAAAUUGGGCAUUGGCGUGGUUCGUGAUGGCGUUGUCCUGUCUAAUCCCAGACUGACCUAUAUCACUCCACCAGGAGAAGGGUUUCAGCCAACCGAGACCGCUCGACAUCAUCAGACACAUGUCGUCGCACUGGUUCGACGAGCACUUGAGGAAGCCAACGUGAAACCGGAAGAUCUAGAUGCCAUUGCUUACACGAAGGGUCCUGGUAUGGGUGCUCCAUUGCUUGUUGUGGCUAUCGUCGCCCGUACUCUGUCCCAGAUGUGGAACAAACCGCUAAUCGGUGUCAAUCACUGUAUUGCCCACAUCGAAAUGGGUCGUCUAGUGACCGGAGCCAAACGUCCUAUCGUACUUUAUGUAAGCGGAGGCAAUACUCAAGUAAUUGCUUAUUCUGCUGGGCGAUAUCGAAUUUUUGGCGAAACCAUAGAUAUUGCCCUAGGAAAUUGUUUGGAUCGAUUCGCUCGAAUAGUCAACUUGUCUAACGAUCCCAGUCCCGGCUUCAAUGUGGAGCGUCUAGCACGACAGGGGAAACGAUUUUUCGAAUUACCAUAUGCAGUCAAAGGGAUGGACGUUUCAUUUGCCGGAUUGCUUUCAUUUUUGGAACAAAGAGCCUCUGGUCUACUGGAAUCUGGUGAAUACACGGUCGAGGAUUUGUGCUUCAGUUUACAAGAGACUGCAUUUGCCAUGGUCGUAGAGAUCACAGAACGAGCCAUGGCUCAUUGUGAUACAAAGGAGGUAUUAAUCGUUGGCGGUGUUGGUUGCAAUGAACGGCUGCAAGCCAUGAUGGGCAAAAUGGCCGAAGAACGCGGUGCAACGCUGUUUGCCACAGAUGAACGAUUCUGUAUUGAUAAUGGAGCCAUGAUAGCGCACACGGGCUGCCUCAUGUUUAACUCUGGGAUUCGUACUGAGAUAAACGAAUCGACUGUCACCCAGCGUUAUCGAACAGAUGAGGUAGAAGUGAUUUGGUGA